AUGUCUACACACGUGAGAGCUCUAGUGCUGGAUGCAACUCCACUGAUCACUCAAUCAUACACUCAUUACCAAAACUAUGCUGAAUCAUUUUAUACUACACCAACUGUGUUUCAUGAAAUUAAGGAUGAACAAGCUAGAAAGAACUUAGAGACAUGGCAAAGUCUGGGUACUUUGAAACUGGUACAUCCUUCAGAGGAAUCUAUUGCACAUGUAAGUGCUUUUGCUCGUUUGACUGGUGACUAUUCUGUUCUCAGUGCCAAUGAUAUACAUAUCCUUGCAUUGGAAUAUCAAUUAGAAUGUCAGUUGAAUGGUGGUGAUUGGCGUUUGAGACAAAAACCUGGUGCUUCUCUUCAGGAAGCACAAGAGAAGGAAGCAUCUAUUGAGGCCAAGGCUGAAAAGCAGGAUGCCACAUCAACAGGACAAAAGAAGAGAAGAAGAAGAGGUGGUAAGAAACAAAGAGAAAAGAAAGAACAACGUGAAUUAGAAGAAACCGAGAAAAUAGAAACUGAAGAAUCAAAAGAGUUAGAAAUUCCAGUGGAGAAUCAAGAAGAAACGAAAAAGGAAGUAAAAUUCGAAGAACCAGAACAAGAGGUUGCUGUGGAUAGCAAUGACGAAAGUACACUUGCUGAAGAUUUUGAGGAUGGUGAUGAUGACGGUGAAUGGAUUACACCAGAUACACUUGUUGAAACCAUGAUUAGAGACAGUGGUGAAGAUACAUCUGGUUCAAAGGGUGUAGAAGCUAUUGAUAAUAAUAAAUCUAACUCGAUUAAUUUACCUCGUAAUCAAGUUGCACUAGCAACAGGUGAUUUUGCUGUUCAAAAUGUUGCAUUACAAAUGAAUAUGAAUCUAAUGAAUUUCAUGUCAGGUCUAAAGAUUAAAAGACUUCGUAACUAUAUGUUGCGUUGUCAUGCAUGUUUCAGAAUAUUCCCAUUACCAAAGGAUGGUAAACCAAAACAUUUCUGUCCAUCCUGUGGUGGUCAAGGUACUCUUCUAAGAUGUGCGGUCUCUGUAGAUGCACAAACCGGUACUGUGACACCACAUUUAAAGGCAAACUUCCAAUGGAACAACAGAGGUAACAUAUAUUCAAUGGCGAGUCCACUUUCUAAAAAUUCUCAAAAGAAAUAUGGUAAGAAAGGUUAUGUUCAUAACAAACAAAACAGUAAUCAUAUGCAAGAGACACCACUAUUAAGAGAAGAUCAAAAAGAAUAUCAACAGAUGGUGAAACAAGAUGAAUGGACUAGAAGACACAAUGAAAAAGUUCUUGAGAACUGGAUCGGUGGUGGGUCUGCCGAUAAUUACAUGUCACCAUUCGCCAUGAGUGGAUUGAAGCAUCAUAGUUACAAAGUUGGCAGAGGUCGUUAUGCUAAUAGUAACAAGAAGAAAUAG